UUUUAUCAAUGACUGCGAAAUUUUACAAAAAGUUGUUUUUUCUACCGGAUUUGACUUCUAUUAUUACUAUGCUUGGUGCCUCAGUUGCGAAUUAAACCUUAGUAAGUAACAGGAGUAACUUUAUUAUGAUUAGUUAUGCUUUUAUAUUAAAAGCUAUUAAGUACAGAAAAAAUUGAAGGUCUUUUUUAAUGCUUUUGUUUUGACUGAUAAAUAAUCAUGUCCUCUAAUCAAUACAUAAUUUUUUAAAGCAUUUUUGAAACUGAAAUGCCACUAAAAUGACGGACACUAUUUCGGGUGAUACACGACUUAGACAGUUAGAGUCGUUGUUCUUAGGUGGUCCUAUACAAGGACAAGGUCAAUGCUUCAGUAUAGAAACUUUGCUGGAUAUACUACUCGUGCUUUACGAUGAAUGUAAUAAUUCUUCAUUACGACGAGAAAAGACUGUUUUGGGUUUUAUUGAAUUCGUCAAACCAGUUGCAUCUUGUGUGAAAUCUCUUAGAUUGACUAGAGAUGAUUUUGAGACAAUAAAAGUAAUAGGCCGAGGAGCAUUUGGAGAAGUAUGUGUUGUACACAUGAAAGGAACUGAAAAAGUUUAUGCCAUGAAAAUUCUUAAUAAAUGGGAAAUGCUUAAAAGAGCUGAAACUGCUUGCUUUCAAGAAGAAAGAGAUGUUUUAGUUUAUGGUGAUAGAAGAUGGAUUACUAAUCUGCAUUAUGCUUUUCAAGAUACAACCAAUUUAUAUCUUGUUAUGGACUAUUACUGUGGUGGUGAUUUGUUAACAUUGCUUAGCAAAUUUUUUGACCGCCUUCCAGAAGACAUGGCUAGAUUCUACAUUGCUGAAAUGAUACUUGCCAUUAACUCAAUACAUGAUUUAAAUUAUGUACAUAGAGAUAUUAAGCCUGAUAAUGUUUUAUUAGAUGCUAAUGGUCAUAUCCGAUUAGCAGAUUUUGGAUCAUGUUUAAAAGUAGGUGCCAACGGUUAUGUAGAAAGCAAUGUAGCUGUAGGAACACCAGAUUAUAUUUCUCCUGAAAUACUACAAGCCAUUGAAGAUGGCCGAGGUUGUUAUGGACGUGAAUGUGAUUGGUGGUCUUUGGGUGUAUGUAUGUAUGAAAUGAUAUACGGUGAAACACCAUUCUAUGCUGAAUCUCUAGUGCAUACUUACGCAAAGAUUAUGAAUCAUAAGAAUUGUUUUGAUUUUCCGAAUGAUCCAGAUUUACAAGUUUCUGAAGCUGCAAAAGACUUGAUGAAGAAACUUAUCUGUAAUGCUGAAGAAAGAUUAGGUCAAACUGGCAUUAAAGAUUUUAAAGAACAUGAUUGGUUUAAAGGAAUAGAUUGGGAUACAAUUAGGGAUAGUGUGGCACCUUAUAUUCCAGAAGUUUCUAGCCCAACUGAUACUAGUCAUUUUGAUGUUGAAGAAAUUGAUGUAAAAACUGAUAUUUUUCCUCCAACUCCAUCUAAUCCUAUAUUUUCUGCCCUUCAUCUUCCAUUUGUUGGAUUUACAUUUACUCAAAACAGUUGUGUAUCAGACUUGGGGUCAAUUGGUAAGACAACACCUCAGAUAGCGGUUGGUUACAAAAAAAACAAAUUACAAAACACUACCAACGAUAUAAAUAACCAAAGUUUUGAAAAUCAAAUUUAUCAAGAGAAACCUAGUUCGGAAUUGGAUUUGAUAGUCAGAAAAUUACAACAAGAAAAGCAGGAAGUUGAAAAGGAAAAACAGGAAAUACAGGAAAAAUUAAAAGCUCAAGAAGUUGAAUUGUUAGAUGCUGUAAGCCAAAAAAAUAAUGCAAUGACUGAAUAUGGUCAUGUUACAAAUAAGUUAUCUGAACUUAGACAACACAAACAAAAACUAUCUAGGUUAGUAAGAGAUAAAGAAGAAGAGUUAGAAGAAGCUAUGUCUAAAGUAGAUGUUUUACGUCAAGAAGUACGCCGAUCUGAAAAAGUCAGAAGAGAACUAGAGAGUAGAUUAGAUGAAUCUAUGGCAGAGAUCGUUAAUGAACGUAAACUGAGAGAAGAACAAAAUAAUCGGUAUAAAACUGAUAGUUCUACUGAUGAUAUCAAAUCUAAUCAAUUACCUUAUGCCAAUUCAGAAAAUUUCAAUCAAAAAGCUUUACAGGAAAUAAACCGUUUAAAGAAUGAAAUUGAAAGAUUAGAACUUCAAUACAAUGAAAAUAUUAAUAAAGAACAAGCAAAAUACAAUAUGGAAACAAGUAAAUUAAAAGAUAGACUUUUUGAGAAUGAAGCUAAACUGGAAAAAGAGAAAAAAGAAACAUUUGAAAUUGUCCAAAGUGUUGAGUUUGAACAUCAAAAAUUAAGAGAUGAACUGCGUGUCAAACAACAAACUAUUAACCAGUUAGAAUCACAAAUAGCUGAUAUCAUACAAUGGAUAAGUGAUGAGAAAGAUGCUCGCGGUUAUUUACAAGUGCUAGCAGCCAAAAUGAAAGAGGAGUUAGAAUAUUUAAAACAAUAUCCUCCAUCUAGUAAUAACAGUCAAGCAACCAUGGAUAAUAGUUGGAGAAAUAGAAGAAGUCAAAAACUUGACAAAAUGGAGUUAUUAAACCUUCAGAGCUCUUUACAGUCAGAGAUACAAGCCAAACAGUCCAUCAAUGAUGAACUUAGUAAAACCCGAUCUGAAUUGAUUUCCACACAAAAAGAAUUGAGAGAAUUCCAUAGAAGAUAUGAAUCAUUAGCUUAUAAUAUAAAAGACAAAGAAGAUACAAUUAAAGAAUUACAAAAUCAAUUGGAUGCUAAGCAGUCAUUUUUAAGUCAAUCAUCUUGUCAAUCACCUUUAUCUUACUUUGAUCAAUUUUUAAAUGAGUCUACUGAAAGUAACAGUAAAUUAGAUGCAAUUGAUAGUGGUUACCAGCAAAGAAGCUUUGAUGAAAAUCGAGCAAUGUCUGCAAUGAGCAAAUCAAAUUAUUCAGACUUUAGUACAAAUUCAAGAAUGGAUAAAGGAAAAUGCCAUCAAUUUGUAGUACGCACAUUUUCUUCACCAACCAAAUGUAACCAUUGUACAUCCUUGAUGGUGGGUCUUGUACGCCAAGGUGUUAUAUGUGAAGUGUGUGGAUUUGUAUGUCACACAAUAUGUGCUGACAAAGUACCAUUAUUAUGUCCUGUUCCUCCUGAUCAAACUAAAAGACCAUUGGGAAUUGACCCAACACGUGGCAUUGGUACAGCAUAUGAAGGAUAUGUAAAAGUACCUAGAUCAGGUGGAGUAAAAAAAGGAUGGAUUAGACAAUUUGUAGUAGUUUGCGAUUUCAAAUUGUUCUUAUAUGACAUAUCACAAGAUCGUAAUGCUCUUCCUGCUGUAACAGUCUCACAAGUUUUAGAUAUGAGAGAUCCUGAAUUUGCUGUAUCUUCUGUAAGAGAAUCAGAUGUAAUUCAUGCUGGUAAAAAAGAUAUACCAUGUAUAUUUCGUAUUACUACAUCACUUUUGGACCCCCCUGGUGUUAAAAACCAAACUUUAAUGCUUGCUGAUACAGAAAGUGAAAAAAACAAAUGGAUUGUAGCCUUGAGUGAACUACAUAGGAUUUUAAAACGAAAUAAUCUUCCCAACACAAUGAUAUUCAAGGCCAAAGAAUUAAUGGACAAUACUCUUUCAAUUACCAAAAAUGCUAUUUCUAGUGCUGUAAUUGAUGCUGACCGCUUAGUUAUUGGUACUGAAGAUGGUCUUUAUUGUAUAGACCUGGACCAAUUCGAAAUUGCUAAAAUUGGAGAAGCCAAAAAAAUUUAUCAAAUUGAAUACAUAACAGAAGAACAACUUUUGGUAGUUUUAUCAGGCAAACAGAGACAGGUUCGAUUAAUACCAGUGAGAGCAUUAGAUGGUGAUGAAGUUGAAUGGGUUAAAGUUACUGAAAGCAAAGGAUGUAUAACUUUUUGUACUGGUUUAUUGAAGAAAUUUACAGGGAACACUAGUGGUAUGAAUAACCCUCAAUAUUGUUUGUGCAUAGCUAUUAAACGUCAGAACACUUCUCAGGUAAUUGUCUAUGAAGUAAUUAGAACCAAACAAAGGCAUAGAAGAAUUAGAGAAAUCAUGCUCCCGUCUCAUGUUCAAAGUUUAACAAUAUUUACUGAUGGGCAAUUGUGUGUUGGUUGUAAUUCUGGAUUCAAUAUGUACAGAUUAUCUGGUGCGGAUCAUCAUCCAAUAUCAUUGGUGCAUCCUGAUAAUCGCAUGACAGGUUUCUUAUCCUACUCUGCAAUGGAUGCCAUUAAAGCCAUUGAACUUCCGAGAGGAGAAUUCUUAUUAAUUUUUCAGUCUCUUGGAAUUUAUGUUGAUGCUCAGGGUCGCAAAUCUAGAGAUAGAGAAAUUAUGUAUCCAAGUGACCUUAUUGAUGCUAGUUAUUGUGAUGGUCAUUUGUUGAUAUACAGUGAAACACAUGUAAAUAUUUUCAAUGCAGAUAGUGGCGAAUGGGUCCAAACAUUAAAUUUAAGAAAUUCUCAUCCUAUAAAUAAUACAGGUUCACUAACCAUCUGUUAUAUUGAUGAUUUCCCUUAUAUUGUAUAUUUAUCUAACAUACAUCAAAGAGAAUUGAUAAAUAUUAGAGAUAUUUCAAGUUGUAAUAUGUCUAUCUCCACGCCCACACGUAGAAGGUUUUCUAUGCGUGAAAGUCAAAAAGCAACCAGAGGUCCGGAUCGUAGGUCAAAGAUCAUAUCAGCUCCUACAAAUUUCAAUCACAUUAGUCAUAUGGGACCUGGAGAUGGUAUACAAAUUCAAAGAUUACUUGACCUGCCUACAACUGUUGAAACUGCAGAUUCUACUGUCUCACCUCUCCCUCCUUCAAAACCUCCUCAACAGUUUAAUAUUUCUACAUCUUCUAGUAAACGUUCUUUUCAAAUGUCACCAUCCCAACAGCCGACAGCUCUUAUGACUGGACCUAAAAGAUCUCUGCGUACAACACCAACAGAGCCAUUUGAAUAUCAUCAUCAACACCAUCAUCACCAUUCAGACACAGAAAUGGCACCAUCAAAUGUACCAGUUAACCGUAGUAUAUGGUCACUAAACAAAGAUCACCAGCAGCUAAUUGGUACUUCUAGACAAUCCAUUACAUCUAACAAUAGUAGUAACACCAGUACACCACCAAGUCCAAACCGAGAACAUGGGUCAUCUAGUUAUGACAGCUAGCUUAAUGGUAAUUUGUGUAGUACUGUUACUUUACAUGACAUUUUUACUAUAUAACUUUAAAUUCAGUAGUAUUUACUAUUACUUGAUACAAUAUAGUUAGACAAUUACAAUACUUUGAUAAAGAACUACCUGGUUCAAAUUUAACAAUUAAACAUUUUAUUAACAGCAUAAUUUCUAAAACUCUUUAUUUUUUUAAUUUUAUUUUUUUUUAUAAUCUUCUUCUAAUCGAAACUUUAGUUCAUAACCCUAUUUAAGUGUUAAAUAAAAAGUUAUAACAUUAACUAUAAUAUUAAUUUUCCAGCUUAUUUUUGUUAAUUAAUUUUCAAAACAUAUUAAUAUCUCCUAGUUUGCAUUUAACUAAAAUAAGAUCA